ACGUCGCCACCCUAUCGUGGAAUCCGGAGGCAGAAGGCAGUCGAGCGAACAACCCUAACCCUAAAUCCCAUAUCCGCAAGGUAGGCACAAAAAUCUACCGAAGUUUCUCAGCUUAACCAAUCGCAACCCAAUAGCGUUGGUAGGGGACGACUGACGAGGAGCGGCCGGCGGCCGGCGGCCGGUGGGGAUUCGCGACGGACUUCCCCUAAUCCUUACGUAUUCACAGGCAUACGACGAUGGUGGCGCUUCUUCGACAGGGUUUGACGAGGAUCGAUGGCUCCGUGCUCCAGCGAACCCAGGCGGUGGUCACAUCAUCAGCGGGUCACGCGCGACGCCUGCUUGUGCCAAGAAGGCGCAUGCUUAGUACCGAUAAGGAGCAAUCCAAGAACCUAAAGCUGCCGCAUCAGGUUUUGUGGGAGUUGAUAAAGAUUUUUCCGGGACAAAAAGUAUUUAACCUUGUGGCAGUGGCAACUGUCGCUGUUAUGAUAGCCUCUACAGGAAGCCAAGUGGAGGAGGCUGAGAAGAAGCAAGAGAAAGUGAUGGAGGGAGAGAAAAAGCAGAGCAAGUGAAUGGGGUAGAGAGAAGUGAGAGUAGUGAACAAGACGUUCUUUUUUAUGUAAUGUUACCCAGCACUAUAUAAUGUCACUGUUCUGAUGAUGUUUAUGAUAUGCUAGCUAGAACCUGAGCAUCACUGAUGAACUCCUAUAUAUGCUAUCUUGUGUGACAUGGUAUGUUGUCACGUAUAAUUGACGAGUUGUGUGUUGGUCUCCUGUGUUUUU